AUGGCUACCUUGAAGUUUACCCAAUUCAUCUGGCUGCUGGCUUCAACAGUGAGUGCCGCUGUGCUUCACAGCAGAUCCGCGCCCUACUAUGCAGGUAUCCAAUUCGCUGCGGAUAGACAAUUGUCGAUUUCCGUCUUCAGUGAUCUCCACUUCGGUGAGCCUGAGUCUCAGCGCGGCCGUCCAUUCGCAGACUUCAAAACCAUCGGAGUCAUGAACUCAGUCCUCGACAACGAGCAGCCCGACUUCGUCGUCCUCAACGGCGAUCUCCUCUCUUGUGAGUGGGUGGCCCCUCAAGACGCAAAUCCGUUGAUCGAUCAGAUCGUGGCUCCACUCGUCGCCCGCAACCUGCCUUUCGGCGCAACAUUCGGCAAUCAUGAUGCUUCCAAGACUUGCAGCACUAGUGCCAUGUCCAAACACAUGUGGUCGGACGUCAAGGGCAACAAUGGCAAGAAACUCUCUUUCACGACGCAGUCCGUGUCUGGCGAUAUCAAUCAAGUUGGCUGGAGCAGCUAUUUCGCCCCAGUGUACAGCUCUACGGAUGCUUCUGAUCUGAAGAUGCUGUUGUGGUUCUUUGACAGCAAAGGAGGCAUGAAGUAUCAACCCACUGGUGAUGAUGUCGGUGUUCCGAAUUGGGUCGACGAGAAGGUUGUCGAAUGGUUUCGCAAUACCAACAACGCCUUUCGCCAGCAAUAUGGCCGCGCGGUUCCCAGCAUGGCUUUCGUGCACAUUCCGAUACACGCUGCAGAUUCUUUCCAACAUAACGGGCGUUCCAAGACCGCGAACCCAGGCAUCAACGAGGAGAGUGUAGGCAACCAGGGCGAUAUUUGCGAUCAUACUGGGAACAACUGCAAGUACGGUGGAGCCGACAUUCCUUUCAUGAAGGCGCUCGUGGAGACGGAAAACCUCCUGGCCGUUUUCUCGGGUCACGACCAUGGCGUAGACUGGUGCAUGAAAUGGGCCAAAGACCUCCCUGGCAACUCUCCUAGCAACGGCAACGGGCUGAACAUCUGCUUCAAUCGUCACUCAGGCUAUGGUGGCUACACUGAUUGGACACGGGGCGCGCGUCAGAUCGUCGUCAAGGAGGAUAUGCUGGAUGCGAAGGUGGUCGACACGUGGAUCCGCAUGGAGAACGGUAAGAUUUCGGGACAGGUGUCGCUCAACUCUACUUUCGGUACCGAUCAAUAUCCGGUGGUGGACAGGUCGAAGACCUCAUAG